AUGAAGUUCUCAUCCAUCUUCUCUCUCUUCCUUGCCGGUCUGGCAGCUGCCAGCCCUCUGGGACAGCCCCAGAGCAGCGAAGACAUCGCCGUCCGCGAGGCCGAUAUCGAGUUUGAUAACGCCUUGGUCGCCCGUGCCGAUGACAAGAUCACCCCAGAGUACACUAAGGUCCACGCCGCUAAGAGCACUAUUGCAAACGGAAAAUACUACGCAUUCACCAUCAAGUGGCCUCUCAGUGACAGUACCGCCAUCGACUCUGAGACUCCCGCUGAGCUCCAGGAGCUCCAGCAGAAGCUUGGUUUCAAGCACAUUGGUGUGAUCCUUGGAAAGGUCAAGGACGUCGAGACUGGCAAGGGCAAGAACAAGCACGCCGAGAAGGACUUCACCGGCCAGCUCUUCCACCUGAUCAAGAAGACCGACGGCUCGGCCGAGCUCGACUCCCCCAAAAACUACAAGCUAUCUGGACAGACUGCAGGUCUUUUCAAGAACGGCCAACUCACCUUCCUCAAGGAGAUCUCUGCUAAGACCUACACCGACGCCAAGAAGACUGCCGAAAACUACUUUGCCACCCCCGACCACCAGAAGUACUCUGUCGACGACAACAACUGCGACUCUUUCGUCAAGGUCUUCUCUGCCGAAUUGAAGUAA